GAUGAACAAGGAUCAGCUGAAGGAACUCCUGGAAGGUUUAACUACGUCUUUCGCCCAAGUCGCAACCACCAUUGCAAACUCCAAAAAGGACCCCGAAGAUAAGAGGGAAUUGACUCAUGAGCAGCUGAAGGAGUGGAAUGACGACGACGACCAAGAAGGAAGCUUUUAUCACGCUUUCCUGGAAUUCUUCGAUACGCCAGAGAAACGCCAUCGAGAUUUACCUGAUGCUUAUGUUAUCCGGAUGUUUUUAAGUGGCCUGCGUGGUAAAACCCCAACGUUCGUCGCCGUGUCGGAACCAGAAACGCUGGAAGAAGCCAUCAUCAGUGCGCGAAGGGUCGAGGCUGGCGAAUAUUAUAGUAAGCAGACCCAGGAAAAAGGUCACCAAAAGAAGCUGGAGGAGGAAUUAGGCAACCUAUCCCAGAAAAUUGAGCAGAUAGCCUUGAACUACGCCGCCCUUAGCGAGAAACGUUCUAGAGAGCCUCGUGGAGAAAGUAAUUGGAAGAAUGAUAAAGGCCAGGAGAAACGCCGCGAAUUUAGGAAGGGAAUGACGUGCUAUAACUGUGGCGAGGUUGGUCAUAUAGCCCGUUAUUGUUUGUCAGAAAAGAGCCCUAGAAUCCACGAAGACCAGCAGAAGAAAGUUAGUAACUACGUUGGAAAACUGGCGUCCCAUGAUAAUGACGAAGGCUGGGAAGAGGACGAAGUUUACACCCUAAACGAAAAUAGAUACCAACCGUACGAAGGAAAUAGAGGAAAGACGCCGCAAGCCCAAUCCGAAUCCCAGUGGGAAAUUGAAGAAGUGCCCGCCCAAAAAGAAGAGGAGGAAACCGAACCUACCCUGAAAGAACGAUUGGAAAAGUUCGCACAAGCAGACACGUUAAGCGGUGAAGAAAGAGAGGAGGCCCGCACUUUCAUUGAGAAAGAAAGCUGCUUGCUCACAAUAGGCCUCGACAAAUUAGGAACGACCAGCCUUGUAACUCACCAUAUAGAUACCGGCGACGCUAAGCCCAUCAAACAACAUUUUUAUAGGACGUCCCCAGACGAGCAGGAAUUCUUGGAUGAGGAGUUGGAGUCGUUGGAAAAACAAGGAUGA